AUACAGGUUACCAAGUGGAAAAGGAAGUGUUUUGUUGAUUGUUCUCAGUAGUCCCUCCAUCUGUGUUUCUGAUCCUGGUUUUUAAUUUAUGUGGCUGUUAACUCUUACUGAAGUUUGUAAGAAUAUAAUUUUAAAUUUUUAUGCCUUGUGACCAGUGGGUUCCAAAGUCUUUUGAAAGAGACUGGAGGAAAGGAUGGAAGCUGGAACAUGAUGGAGUCAGAAUAAUCUUCUGUGCCUGUUUUUUUUCGGGAAACACCAUUAAACUAAGGCUUGGAAGUUUUGUUUGAAUAAAUAAUGUUCAAAAUAAACCUAGAAGAAACCUAAACAGUGCUGAUGGCUCCUUGAGUCUCUCUGCAUUUCAUGAGAGCUGUAGCACUUCUCAGAAAGAUGGCUUUCCAAAACUUACUUUAAAGAGAAAUUGAAGAGCUGGUAGGCAUGUAAUCAGAAAACUGAGGCUAAAAAAGGAUGAGCUUCUAUUGCAUUUUACUUCUGAUAAGUUUUUAUUUCUUGAUCUUGUCUGUGGGAGUCUUCUGUAGGCUAGUUGAUUUGAAUGGUUGUGAGGGUAGUAAUAGACAUCUUAAAUGUACAGUAAUGCAAGCAGGAGAGUUAAAACAACAUAAUAUUAUGACCAUGAAUUUUAUAAUUAAAUCUGAAGUGUGGCAGGGAUGAUAUUUUGUUAUUUCUGUGCUCCAGGGUAACUGAACAUGAGACUGAAGGACUACUAGCACUGCAACGGUGAAAAAUAUUUACAUGGUAAUGUUACACAGCCAUCUUGUAGUGCCUUAAAAUUGCCCAGCCACUUUACCCACAAACUAUGUGCUACUGAGAAAAUAAGGGCAGCUCAUAAUAAUCAAAGCAGUGGUAAUGAUUGAAUUGGCUCAUCCUGUUCAAUUUUAAAACAAAAGAAGAGGGAUAACUCCAAGUUAUUCCUUCAUUUAUUAUUUCAGUACUAUAGUUCACAGUUUCCCUCUUACUCGGUAGUUUAAAAGCACAUGUAAGCUUCAGUUAACAAAGCAGAUCAGCAGAGCUUGUAUAUUUGAGACAUCAGCCGUGGAGUUUCUAGUUUAAAUCUGACUCAUGUUUAUUGGGAUCAGAGGUUGGGCAAGCUUUCAGAAAUCUCAAGUCUACUGUGUAAACUUAGCCAGAGUGAGCUUUAGGCCUGUCUUUAAUGUACAGUUCAGCUGGUGACCAUGGCAGUUUGGCUUUUCUUGAAGGAUCUGUGCUUAUUAUCAGCUACAGGGACUACCAAAUCUUCCUUCUGGCUGCACUGGCCCUGGGUUUGCCAGAUGAGCCUCAGCCAUCUAGAGCCGUCCUCAGAAGGUGUGUUUAUGUCCAUUCCUGCCAAUACAUCCGCUAAAGGUCUCCACCUGCUUAUAUAUAAUUCAGCAUCCAGCAGAGAGGCCAUGCUGACAGAUAGACCUGUGCAGGUAUCAGGUACUGUGAAAGGGAGAGGAAUCACUUAUUGCAGAACAGCGGAUCGAUCCCAGGAAAGUCGAGUGUUAAGGACGGUACCUUUGCUAGCAGCUUGUCUUCCUCCAGACAAAUACAAAAUUUUGGUUGGUCGACGUUUUAGUGAAGACAGGUAUCCUGAAUUAGCAACUGUGUGCAGAAAUCCCAGUACUCUAAUUUUGUAUCCUGGAGCUGAAGCAACCAAUUUGGAAGAAGUUGCUGUGAUGUAUUCUAGUCCAUCUGUUAUGAUCAUCAUCGAUGGAACAUGGAGUCAGGCUAAAGAUAUAUUUUACAAAAAUUCUCUCUUCCGGCUUCCCAAGCAGGUGCAGUUAAAACCCAACAUUUCAAGUCAAUAUGUAAUUCGUACUCAGCCAACAAACACCUGUCUGUCUACACUUGAAUGUGCAGCUGUUGCUCUUAGUAUCAUGGAAAAAAAUAAGAGUAUACAAGAGACUAUACUCCGUCCACUUCAAGCUUUAUGCUCUUUCCAGCUUCAGCAUGGUGCCCAGAUCCAUCACAGCAAGGAGCAUCUUCUCAAAAAUGGUUUAUAUGACAAGCCAAUGCCAAAGAAUAAGCGCAAACUCAGAAGAAUGGAGCUUUUGGUGAAUAAUGUUAAAAUAUAAGAAAACUGUACUGACAGUACAGUGGGAUUUAUUUGCAGCUAGCAAAUGAAUAUGAAUCUGGAUUUGAUCCAAACAGUUGACUGUACUGUAAUAAAACAACUUUUAGGCCAUUCAUAAGCAAGAGUUUAUCUACCAAUGUGACAAACAGUAAUGGACAAACUUUUUCAUUUUUGCAGUAGGCCACGUGCCUUUGUUCAGAUGGUAGAAGAUCAUUCUCAUUUCCUGUAGAAAAGAAGAAGAAAACUCUGAGCAUAAUUUAGAGUUAUGUUAUCUCUUGGGUGACAAGUAUGAUCCUCAAUAUGACUGGAUAAAUUUACUUUGGAGAAGCUUUUAUCAGUACAAAAAGACAUGGAAUAUGAAUGUGAUGGAAUAGUAAGGCUUCAGCAUUUAGAAGUAUAUUGAAUUUCUGCUGAGCAUUAUAACUUCAGUAUCUGAUUACAGUAGGUUUUCAAACUGUAAUUCCUUAUAUUACUUAGUUCAAAUGAACAUAAGGCAUGCUAUUUGUAUAGUUCUUUUUUAAUUUGAGUUUUUUAUUUCUUACAUUAUUAGAAUUCCUUAUCAUAAAUUUAUAUACAUUUUACAAUGCAGUCGGGUUUAGUUUGUCUCUCAGGCUUAAUUUUUAAAUUAAGCCCACAUAUGUUUUUACCAGAACCUGAACACUUCUGACUUAAAAAAAAAAAAAGUGAAUGUAGAGAAAUUAUUUUUGGAAUUAUAACUCAGGUGCUUCACUUUUACUUCAACAAAAACUACUCUUUCACAGAAGGGGACAUUUUAUGGAUGUUGAUACGCCAUACCCUGAUAUGCAAUCGUUAUGAUACUAAAGGAAUUAAACAAACCCAGUGUAAACAUCUCUGUAAGAAGUAUGAUGCAAUGAGAAAUGAUUAUGUCUGGAUACAACCUACUAAGAUGAUUGCAGAUCCAUUAGGUUUGCAUGUGUUCUUUAAUUAGUUCUUCUCUUCUAGUAGUGAUAUAACUGUACCUCUUUCUAAUGGGAAUUAAUAGAAGUUGAAGAAUUGGGUACUUUUACAAGCUUUGUAAAGUAAUAUUUUAUGAUCUGGAGGAAAAAAAAAUGAAAUAAAGUUUUUGGUGUUCCUUUCUUCAUGUUCAUAAAUGCCUCCUACAUGACACAGAUGAAAAUGUGUAAUAUUUGUCUUUACUAUUGGUUCCACUGUAGGUAACAACAUGGAGCUAACUGGGUACUAAUUAGACUUAGAAAAAGAUAUUUUGUCUUUAAUUUAUGAGCUGCAAGGCAAGAAACUACAGAAGUGGAGGGUGUAAACACAGCUAACCAAUAUAUUAACUGAAAGCAUUUCUGCAAUUAACAAGAGGUCAAAAUUAGGUCAGAGAUUAGCUAAGAAAUUUUAGAGCUAAUAGUGACCUUUUGUUUAGGCAUGGAUUAACAAUUUAAUUUGUCUGGAUAUGUUAGCAAAGUUUAUGUAACCUUUUUCUCUUCUUCCAGUCUAGAUAAAUCCCGUAUCUGUCGCUAAAUUCAGCAAACCUGAAUUAGUUUUGACAAAUCUGAAGCAAAACAGUGUCAGAUGAUUAAUGAUAGUGUAGAUGCACUUUUGUUCACAUUGGAACAGAGAAAAGGACAUGUUUAUUCCUGUAGUGAAGCACAGCGCAGCAAUCUCCAGGCUAGCUUGGAGGCUGAAGUUGCAAUCUUGUGCAACUUGCGUGCACAGCCUUGUGUGUGACACUGCCUCCAGUUCUGGGGUUGGCAUGGCUCGUGCUGGGCUGGGAAUCUGUUUCCCCUGUGCCCAGGGACAUGGUCCAAGCAUUCCUUAAGGAAACAAGGGUAUCAGUUAGGCUUGAUUGUUAAUGCCGUAUUUACAUAUAUGAACAAUGUUCACAUUUAAUGUUGUAUAUCUUAAUUUAGUUUACCUUAUUUUAGAUUCAUCUAGAACAGUAGAACAUCUUUCAACCUACGUUGUGAAGAUUAUUUUCCUAGACAGAAGACUAAAUGAGUCUUUUCAUAACAUGUGAGUUUAUGUUAUGGAGAACAGAAAGAAAUUUGUAUUGCAGCCUGGGAUUCACAGACAUCUGCAAAAUGCCUUAGAAUUACAGGAUCAGAGAAAUAGUUGUCUUAAUUGAGUUAUAAUCCGACAUUAAAUACUCUUGUGCAUGCAAUCUCUGCAGAGUUUUCAUGUUUUUCAGCAAAGGACAAAUUCCACACAGCUUACAAUAAGCACUUUUUACUUUUGUUGCUUCAUCUUGUUCUUCUAAUUUUGCUCCUGUGGUUAACAGGAUUUGUAGGAUGUAAUGCUGGAUGCAUGGAAGCCUUUAAUUGCUAAUUUCCUGUGUUGUACGAUACUAGAUCAAUCACUAUGCAGCAGUUGCUGAAGAAAUGAAAAACAAUUCAUUGCAAACCUCCAGGCAUUUCAUUUUUUGGUUUUUUUGUAUGUCCCAUCUCAGCUAUAAUACAGUGAUCAUUUAGAUGCAACACAGCAGUCACAUGAAGUUCAAUUUCAGAUUUGUUCAAAGCUAUUAAACACAAAAUACUUUUUUUUACUUUUUUUUGGUGGAACUUACAUGGCUUUAAAAAUAUACAUAGUGUAAGAGGAAGAGUUUAGAAAGGUUUUUUCAGGUCUUUUGGAUUCAGAAUUUAUCUCUAAAUACAUGACCUGAAAGAAAUGGGUACUCUGAAGUCCAAGCUCUUUUGACGGAAGUUGUGUGUGAUGAAGUAGCACUCUUUGCAAGCAAUUUCAUUAGAAUGAGUUUACUUUGCAAUUUUAUUUUUUGCUGUAAUAGUCAAUCUGUUUCAUUUUUCACUUACCAAAAGAUUAAUGAGUGAAACCAACCAGUCUAACAAGAUAUUGAUUAAAAAAAAGGAACGUGUUUACUUCUAAUGUUUGGUCCUUUGUCCCUGUCCACUUUGUAUUUCCAAAUAUUGCUACCAAAAUGAAAUCUGCUUUCCAUGUGCCACUAUGUCAUGCUUUGGGGAACUGGUGACUUGGAUAGCAGGCUUUUGAACACAUGUAAAAAUUUUACGAAGGUGGGCAUUGUUAAGUCUCCAUAUUUUCAUAAUCUGUACAACAAAGUUUAAGAAAAAAGACAAAGCUAGAAAACUUUCAAAACAAGAACACCCCCACACACACACCUUUUGUUUAGAAAGUUUUCAAAUUAAAAGUGAAGAGACGCUCAGAACAAACAUAAAUUUAUUUUUCUUCAAGAUUUUAGUUUCAUUGCCUCGUAACUCCAUUGGAAUUCCAGCUGGAAGAUGGUGUUACCAUACUACCAAUAAAUUACUCUUUUAUUAGUUUUUCUUGAAAUAAAAAGGAAACUUUUCAAGUGACUUCAAAAGGUGCAAAAAUUAUUUUAAGACUAAGGGUUUUCUUCUCAAUUGUUACAUUAGAUAAAAAAUUGUUUAUGCUACAUUAUUUUCUACAACUUCCCUGCUUGUUUUGAAAUUUAAUUAAAACCUGAACUUUUUAAAAGGGAUAGUGGUUCAUGCUUUUCUCCUGAGGAUUGUGUUUAUUAUGCCUACAUACACAAAUGCACAUAAAUUAUAUAUUUGUUUCUGCUUUGAAGCAAUAAAAGAUCUAAUUUACUGUGA